CUCAGACAAGACUAUUGUGAAAGUAUUGAGCUCUUAGCUGGAAUGCAGUGACAGGUCUGGACCUGAACUUCCGCAUUAAGCAGGAAGAGUCAUAGAGCCAGAUGCAAUCUACAUCAGCACACCAAAAUCUGACUGUAUAUAAGUGUUUUUCGGUGUAUUAGAGAAUAACAAUUUGAGGUGGAACCGAUCUCCAUGAAGCUAUCUUGAAACUAACUGGUUAAACAAGGAUUAAUACAACUGAAAAGAUGGACGACAUUGACGCCAUGUUCAGUGACCUGCUGGGGGAGAUGGACCUCCUCACUCAGAGUCUCGGUCAGGAAACAGUACCUCCUGCAUCUCUCCCCAGCACCAACACAGAAGUCCACUUCCCCAUUGGCUUCGGAGACCUGAAUGCGUCCCUCCAUGAACUGGAAGACAAUGAUUUGGAUGCACUCAUGGCUGAUUUGGUGGCUGACCUCAAUGCGACGGAAGAGAAACUUGCAGCAGAAAUAGAAGGCUUGAAGGUGCCAUCGCCGCCCCCAGCGGACCUACCGCCACCACCUAAGGGCCUGAGCAUACAACCUGCCUCCUCCCUCGCUUCCCCAACAUCACCCGCAAGAAGCACCAACAGCAAUGUUAGCACCUCGGCCUCCUCCACCGCCUCUACUUUACCACCUCCGCCUCCUCAGUCCUCAAAGCCUUCAAAGGAGGAAAUUGAGGCGCAGAUGAAAGCUGACAAAAUCAAGCUGGCUCUUGAGAAGCUCAAGGAAGCGAAAGUGAAAAAGUUGGUAGUGAAGGUGCUGUUAAAUGACGGCAGCUCCAAAACCCUGAUGGUUGACGAGAGGCAGAACGUCAGGGAGGUCCUGGAGAACCUGUUUGAGAAGACUCACUGUGACUGCAAUGUGGACUGGAGCCUGUGUGAGACCAACCCUGAACUGCAGCUCGAACGCACUUUUGAAGACCACGAGAACCUUGUGGAUCCUCUCUUAGCAUGGACGAGAGACAGCGAGAACAAAAUCCUCUUUCAAGAGCGAGGAGAAAAGAAUGAGGUUUUCAAAAACCCACAGAACUUUUAUCUAUGGAAGAAGGAUAAGAAAGCUCUCAAAGACAUAAAAGAGAAAGACAAGGAGUUAUUAAUACAGGAGAACUUUUGCGGGACUUCCAUCAUCGUGCCUGAUCUUGAGGCGGUGCUGUACCUCAAAGAAGAUGGCAAGAAGUCCUGGAAACAGCGGCUCUUCCAGCUGAGGGCCUCUGGAAUUUAUUACGUACCCAAAGGGAAGACCAAGUCGUCCCGUGACCUUGUCUGCUUUGUCCAGUUUGACAAUUUAAAUGUCUACUAUGGCAAAGACUUUAAGAGCAAAUACAAGGCCCCAACGGACUUCUGCUUUGUCCUGAAGCAUCCUCAGAUCCAAAAAGAGUCCCAGUACAUCAAGUACCUGUGCUGUGAUGAUGCUUGGACCAUGAACCUUUGGGUAACCGGCAUACGUAUCGCAAAGUACGGUGUGUCGUUGUAUGAAAACUAUAAAACAGCCGAGAAGAAGUCUGCCAUCAGCUCCGUGUGGACGAACCGCAGCACUCCAUCAAGCUCCAAUCCAUCAACACCAUCACCCACCAUCAAAACUAAAUCACCAAGCCAGGCCAAUGGUCAUGCUCCCAAGCCCCAACCAAGACCUGUUUCUAACGACUUUGAAAAUGUUCCACCUCCACCUCCACCUCCACCAAUGGCCGAUAUGCUCCCUCCACCACCUCCAGACCCUGUCCUCCCUCCUCUACCACCUCCUUUGGCUGCCAAGGGUUCCCCAAAACCUGCCAUCCCCCAGCGACACCUUCCAAGCAACUUCCCUCCACCUCCAAUGGACAACCUCCCUCCUCCACCACCGCCCCCACCCAUCAACGAUGCCUCAGAGGCCCCGCCAGACUUCCUUCCACCUCCUCCUCCUCCUGCCACUGGCUAUGGUUCACUGCCACCUCCUCCACCGCCAAUGAGCUCCCUACCACCACCGCCUCCCCCAGGUAGUUUUGGAGGUAUGGACCAGUCUCUGCCUCCUCCACCGCCAGAUCCAGGCUUUUUACCACCGCCUCCACUUCAGCCAAUGUUCACGGGGGCUGGAGGAGCACCACCUCCACCUCCGCCUCCACCUCCACCUCCACAGCCUGCAGCCCUGAGACCAGCAGCUGUGCGGCCCACUGGCUCAGUGAAGAAGAUGCCUCCUGCUCCGCCAAAGAGGACUACACCAGCGCCACAGGGAGGAGGUGGAGAUGGAGGUGGAGACUUCAUGUCAGAACUCAUGCUGGCCAUGAACAAGAAGCGUGGCACUAAUUAGCCUCACCCAGGAAUUUGUGGAGUAUAAAUAUUGUACAAAAUGCGCCUGCACAACGACCAACUUGACCCUUAAUCAACCUCGUAUUGAUUUCAGCAGCAACAGCUACUCUUUACAUCCACAACAAUACUGAACGUCUCCAACAUGAAGCCAGUGGAGAUCAGUACAGACUUCAUAUCCUCCAGAAAACAGACGGUGGUCCAUCCAUCUUUUUUCCUAAACUGCUUAUACAAAACAUAAUCUUGCAUGAAUGAAGUGAAUGGUGAUAAUUUCUAGGACAAAAUAAUUACAGGACUGUAGAGAAAACUUUAUAUAUAAGACCGUUUUUUGCGUUUUACAGAAACCAGUUUUUUGGUAUGACAUAAUGAAUAUACUGCUGUCAUCAUACUCCAAAGAGAUACCUUUGUAGAAUUGUACAUAUUGUUUGCAUGGAGUUACUUGGGCAUAUAUUGUACAGUGUGCCCCAGCUUUCAAAUGUCUUUUGCCUAAAUAGAACUUCCUAAAUAAAUCUUUACAAUUCCUGUUAGCAUAGAAAAUGCAAUAGUUUUUUCUUAUUGGUAUUGAAUUAUUGCGUCUUCUCCCUAUCAUCAAGUACAACCUGCUGCCAUUGGCAUCUCAAAGCAACAACCCCCCAGGUAAUCAUCUCAUAAUCAAUAUCAAGCCUCAGAAAUGCUAUGAACGCUAUUAAUAUGAAAAAAAAGCUUUGGAUCUACUUUACUUUUACUUUGUGUGUGCUGUAUGUGAAUGGGGUGAAAAGUCAUAUUGUAUAUGAACCUAGAUCUGUAUAAAAGCAGUAGGACAGCC